CACUGUCCACACCAGAGCAGAAGGAGCGCAGCGCAUCCAGGCUGGUGAAGUACCUCCCCUGACCCGAACAAUACAGAUCUCUGCGUCCCUCCAUAAAGGCACCACACAGGGCACAAUGUCUCCAAACACCUGGAUGGAUUUCAUGGAAGCGAUUUGUUCCUCUUGUUCCUUUUACGCUCGAUCUUAGCGCAUCUGUUGGUGGGAACGCGAUGUCCUGGAUGUAUUUUCUCCGGGAGAUUGUAAAGCAGAGGGCAGCGUAACUCGCUGAAACCAUGUGGAGAGCUGCCACAUCCCUCGGUGGGAGCACCGGAGGCAAAAAGCGACUCUUAUAAGAAAGACUGAUUUGUACUUUCUUGGAGAAGAGAUCCGUCGAUGAGGAAACAAAGAGAGAAGAGAUGAUAGAGAAUGGCCGCACCUGACCUUCUGGACCCGAGGUCUGCCGCCCACAACUCCAAACCUCGCCUCUCGUUCUCGGCCAAACCAGUGGUGCUGAAUUCUCCAGAGGAUGAGUGUGACACCCGGACUACUGUCAUGAGGUGGAAAACAGUGUCAGCCAUCUUUUUCUUGGUGGUGCUUUACCUUAUCAUCGGGGCGACUGUGUUCAAAGCGCUGGAGCAGCCUCAUGAGAGUUCCCAGAAACUGGCCAUCCUUGCAGAAAAACUGGAAUUUUUGGCCAUGCAUGCCUGUGUAAACUCUUCUGAGCUUGAAGAUCUGGUCAAGCAAGUGGUUUCAGCAGUCCGAGCAGGUGUGAACCCAUCAGGAAAUACAUCCAAUCAGACGAGCCUCUGGGACUUCAGUUCCUCCUUUUUCUUUGCUGGAACUGUCAUCACCACCAUCGGAUUUGGGAACAUCUCUCCUCAUACAGAAGGUGGGCGGAUCUUCUGCAUCAUAUACGCUCUGCUUGGGAUUCCUCUGUUUGGAUUCUUAUUGGCUGGUGUCGGGGACCAGCUAGGGACCAUUUUUGGGAAGGGCAUUGCCAAAGUAGAGAAGAUGAUUGUGAAGUGGAAAGUCAGCCAGACGAAGAUCCGUGUCAUCUCCACGCUGCUCUUCAUCCUGUUUGGGUGUCUUAUCUUCGUGGCCCUGCCAGCCGUCAUCUUCAAGCACAUCGAGGGCUGGAGCACGUUGGAGUCAAUCUACUUUGUCGUCAUCACCCUCUCCACCAUUGGCUUCGGAGACUUUGUCGCCGGUGAAAAAGGUUGGUCAGAGAGUCCGAGUAGUUCAGAGUAUCUGAACUACUACAAGCCGGUGGUGUGGUUCUGGAUCCUGGUAGGCCUGGCGUACUUUGCUGCCGUUCUCAGCAUGAUCGGAGACUGGUUCCGGGUUAUCUCAAAGAAAACUAAGGAGGAGGUUGGGGAGUUUCGGGCUCACGCAGCCGAGUGGACAGCAAACGUGUCAGCAGAGUUCAAAGAGACCCGGCGGCGGCUCAGCGUUGACAUCUAUGACAAGUUCCAGCGUGCUGCAUCCAUCAAGCGCAAACUGUCAUCUGAGCUGGGCAUUAACACGUCUAUCAACCAGGAAAUGACUCCUGGCAAGAGAACGCUGUCGGUCAACCUGUGCGAGGACAGAGAGGCUUACCCCAACUUGACUCUCUCCCUCAGUCCUGUCUCGGGGGCCCUGGCCAGGAACGGCAGCCUCUACUUAAAUGGUCUCAGCCCAGACUAUGCCGACCGACGGGAGAUUGCCAUUAUCGAAAAUCUCAAAUGAGGAAACUGAGUGAAACACAUGGUGGAGGACAGAGCUUAAAAACACAUAAAUGCACACACACACUUGUGCAUAUCGACAGUGCAUCUGUGAUGACUUACCCAUGCGCAUUCAUUAAGUGGAUUGCGCUCCAAUCAUUGAUUGGGAACCUUGAGAGUGUCUUAGACACAGAUCAAUCAUCAUGCUCAUCAUACUCACUUUCUCGUGCGUGUUUAACACACACACACACACACACAAACACACACAAAAACAUAUGGUGUGCUAGUUUGCAAGUUUCUCUCAUUCAAUGACAGAGUCCAACUUCCUUUCAUCAUUUCCGUGCCAGCAUGGUCGACAGCUGCGCUAGUGAUUGGGACGAAUCAGAAGCAUGCCCCCGACUGGAACAAUUGAUUGUAUCAGACGCAUGAGUUUAACAAAUGUCGCUCAUGAGCAGGAAGGAAAUGAAAGCCCAUAUUGAGGUAGCAACAUACUGAACAGCCUCUAUACUCAUAUACUCACAUACAAACCUAUGAACACAAUAUGCAUUGAACACAGAAAUAAAUGCAUUCAUCAAACUUAGAAAGCAAUAGAUGUAUCUGUGCUUAUCUCCAGUUGAUUUUCCAGAGGCCCUGAAAUCUGCAUCAGAUAAAGAGGAUCCUCUCUGCUAAAAACAGUCCAACAUCAACAAUGAACACUGGUUCUCAACAAGACAGUGUGUCUGUGCUGAAGUAUUUCAAAGGAAUGUGGCUUUUUUCUUUAAGUUUACACUUCUUACAUUAUGAAUUGAUUUGCCUUGUAUUCACUGGUCAGCCUGUCCUCACUAAAGUGAUGAAUGUUGGCAUUUUUUUGUUCCUUGAUAACUGACAUUCAGCUUUUCACCCUAAAGAAUAAUCCACUUGUGCCUUACUGAAAACCACAUGUGAGAUGAUGAUGCAUGAAAGACUGAGCAACACUUUGUCCACUCAUACUUGUUAUAUAUGAGCACAGUAGUAACAACAUACAGUAUA